AUGAAUAAUACCAGCUCCGGAACGAGAGUAGAUCCUGCUGCGCGACAACCAAGAACCAGACGGGAGGAUGAGCGGUUCCUGACAGAAUCGCCCAUAAAGUCAACGGACAUCAACUACAUGCUGUACAAGCAGAAGAACCUGUCCCCGGUGUGGUUCUCAAUACCAUUGGAACGACCUGGGUUGAACUCGAAUGGCGACACGACCACGACGCUACAGGAGGUAGCGAAACGUGCAGAACCAGAGCCAGCGACUGAACCGGAACCCGCUACGGAACUAGAACCGGAAAGCAUGACCAAGCCAACCCGAGGUGUCUUCAAACCGGAACCGAAAAGCACUUUCGAGUCGGAACCAUCCGCAGAAAAUACCGCGGGGCUAAGCUUGGAACCGAAGGUGGAACCCAAAACGAAGAAGACCAAGCGUGCCACCGGAGACUCUCGUCUACCAGCGAGCGAACCCGAGCCAAAAGCCAGUAGCAAGUCGGAUCUGACCGCCACCGGAGGGUUCGAGAAGGACGGCACCAUGACGAUCGUGUUCCGCUGCAUGCUGGCGGCCAACGCUGGGCCGAGGAACCAUCCAAGUUCACAUAUCAGGGACCAACUUGAUAGGCUGCGGUCGUAAAAGUACUCGAUGGCGAUGCUCAAGGCAAAC